UUAUGCUAAAAUGGCGGAGGAGAGCGGCAUUAAUUGUUGUUGUUGGCGAUAUUAUAUUGGAAUCGAAUCGACGAUGAAUCUUUUGGCCGUAGAUUUUUGCUAGCUGUUGCGUGUUUCGCUUAUUGAUUACCACGGAGAUAUGAGUUUUUCGCCGUAUAAAGGAUCGCGGGAUUUUAUCUCUGUUUCUAUGCCAUGGAAAGCCGACAAAGAUGAUCACAACAGCAAGAGUCGGAGACAUACGUCCAUUUACAGGGUAAACAAACCAGCUGUUAUGAUUAUGGUACUGUUAUGAUGGUGGUCGUUUGAACAUUUUCUUAACUAUUAGUCUUGUUGCCGACAAUCGACAACAGCAUGUAUUGAAAUAUCCCUCAUCCCAAAUUUCAAGUGCUACAAUCAUGUAAGCCUUAUUUUCCGGUGGUUAUUUAUUCAUUAACUUGGUUCCCUUGUCACAACGUGGUAUUAUAUCAAGUUCAAUUUAGAAAAGCAGGCAAAAAUGAUGUAAACCUUAACUUUCAAUGUUUUAAGCUUACUACAUAUACCGCACCAAUGGAUAUAUUUAACAAUUAUUCCUCGAGCCCGAAUGGGCUCUGAGUCGGCCGAAUGGGCCAUUGACUCAGAGGCCAUGAGGGCGAGAGAAAUGAUUGUUUUUAGUAACAUCCAACUUGUUGGUCAAAAAUAUCGAGAAUAAAAAGAUUUUAGCUUGUUAAAGCUAGACUUUAAUCCUUUUUUUGCCGCCAAAAAGCCGGCGCUAUUCACUACCAGUGGGCUAUAACAUAGCCUAGUAGUAGCUCAACCAAUCAGAAUGCAGCAUGGAAAAUAGACCACUAGUUGGAUUUUACUAAAACCUAAUGUACUCUUGUGAUAAUUCUUCAUGUUUAAUUUCAUUGCAGAAAUGGAGAGCCUUGUCGUCAUUUCAAAGGUCGUUGCUUAUCUUGUUUUGUGUUCUUGGUUGUGUAACAAUAGUGAUCUGGCGGAAAGGACUUAUUUCACACGGUUACAGUUCCAAUGGUUGGGAUUCAGCUAUGGAUCAUAAAGAACACAUGCUUUCUAAUGAACAUUUGCUUAAAUUUAAUAAGGUCAAUAAGCAGGAUAUCAUUGACAGUCGCUUAAAAGAACUGGAAGAGCUUAGAAAACAACACGGUUUUGUAAAGAAAGGGCCUCCAAAAUUAAAGGAUAGAAUUCAAUCAAAACCAACUAUAGCCAAAAUAAGUCAUGAUGGAAAUGGUGAUAGAAAAGUAAAUGAUAAUAAUCAUAAAAGCAAAGUGGAAAAGGAAGAAAGAACAGCAGAGGAGAUUUAUGGAGAUACAGUGGUGAAUGUUGAAGAUAGACUUGGGGAAAAUGGAGGAGAUACUGCUGGUGAUGGUGAGGUCAAGUCUCAGCCUCAAGCAGAUCAGUCUGUCGCAUUGAACAUAAAUGGAGUGAAUAUUCUUCCUUUAGAAAAACAAAAUGAUCGUCAAAAGGAAGUUGUUGAAGCUUUUAGAUAUGCUUGGGAUGGUUAUAAAACAUAUGCAUGGGGUCAUGAUGAAUUGCGUCCAGUUUCAAAAUCAUAUGGUGAAUGGUUUGGUGUUGGACUCACAAUCAUUGAUUCUUUGGAUACCAUGCUUUUAAUGAACCUGCGAGAGGAGUUUCAGCAGGCACGUGAUUGGGUUGCUAACAGUCUAACAUUUGAAAAAAAUGUUGAUGUUAAUCUGUUUGAGACAACUAUUCGAGUACUGGGAGGGCUUUUGAGUGCAUACCACUUGUCAAAAGAUGAUUUGUUUUUGAAAAAAGCGGUAAGUUUUAAUGAAGGUUGAACUUCACUACAUAUUAUUAUUUGAUUUGUGCUAAUAUUAUAUUAGAGUACAGGUGCAUAGCAACCAAGGUUCAUCUUCCUUUAAUUGCUCACAAACGAACGGUAAUGCAAGAUUACAAAAACAGUGGUCUUAUGUCCAUGUGAGUGCAUAAAUUCUUCAAAUGAAUAAUCUCUUCUUCAAAUUUUGUGGUGAUUACUCGGCUGGUCAUUCUGGCGAAGAAGGAUCCAGGGACAACAAGUCCGUUUUCCAGUCUCCUAAUGAUCCCGUCAUUUUGACUUGCACUUUGUUCUCAUUGUGGGCUUUUUUAAGAAAGGCGAAUAUAAGGAAGGAAAGUUCCAUUGGCACAUUCAGUUGUUUCUCAGAAAAGAAAUAAGUGCCCUGUCCUGAAUAAGCGCCCUCCCUUGAGGCACCAAAAGUAAAUAAGUGCCCUGGACACUAAAUCGAAUAGUUACAAAAGUCUGUUUUUUUACUUGUCAUGCCUUUAAAACAUGGUUCAAGUUAUUGAGGGUAAAAUUAUAUAGAUAAGAAAUGAUCUGAAGAGAAAUAAAAAUUAGUAUUACUUUGAGUGAGCAUGAGGUUCGAGUCAGUAGUGAGGGUUGGAGUUUUGGUAGUGGACUGUAUACAUGUAUAUCCUUUUUAAAAGAUUUUUCUCCUAUUCUGGGUUUUAGAAUAUACCGUAUAUUCUGUGUUUUGUUUAAGAAUAUUCUGUAAAUUCCAUGUUUUAGUAUAUUCCAUAUAUUCCGCCUUUUAGAGUAUUCCGUGUAUUCUGCCAUUCUGUUGUGUCAUUCUGUUCUGUCAAUCCGCCAUUCCAUCGAAUAGGGUCACCCGCUAUAGCUAUAUUUGUGAUUUGUUAAAAGGAACAUUAAAAUUGAAAUCAUGAAUACAGUAAAAACUAGUGCAUUUUCCCAAAUUAGCCUGUUAAACAGGUUCUUGCAUAAACGUUAAUUAGCGCAAAUUUAGGCGGUUUAGGUUCUUACAUAGGUUUUUAUUUUCUGAAGAUGAACAUUACAUAAAUAUAUUGUAAAGCCUUGCCCAAUUUUUUGCACUCAGCUGUAACAGUUACAGGUAGUUGACUCUUAAACGUCAAUAAUAGCAUUUAAACAACUCUUUUUAAAUCUUAUUUGCCCAAGUGUACAAAAUAUUUUCAUAGAUUUUAAAAGUAAAAACCUGUUUCAAAUUUUAGGCUCAAGAGGUUCUUGAAUAGAGUGGGUAAACUAGCAAACGUUAGCUAACACAUGUUCUUACUUGUAGCCUUUUACUGUACUUACCGUAUAAUGAUUACAGAGCUCUCAAAUCUGAUGGUUUUCAGGAAGGUCUCCCGUUAGUCCCACUGAUAAAUAAAAUUUCAUGGAAAACAGAUUUAUGGGCCAAAACUUAAAUUUCUUGUAGAUCAAUAUUAUUUUAUAUAAUUUGGUUCAAAUUUUAUUUUUUGUUUUUUUAAACUGGUUAAGAAGUUUAUCCAAUAAAAUAUUGUUUGAACUUAACUGCAUUACAAAAUUUUUCAUUUUGGACAAUAUUAUGGAUGAUUGUUUUGUGCCAAUUCAGAAAACCAAUAUAUUAGCAAAUUUAUAUUUGUUUGCAUUAGUGUAGUACAAUAAUAUUUGCACGGAGCAGUGAUGUGCACACACUGCCAUUUAUCAUUGUUAUUACAUAUGAAUUAUGGUGUCCAGCAAAUAAUCUGUCACAAUUAUCAGCCCUGAAUAAAACUGUGUGCUUUUCAGAUUGAUUUGGGUGAUCGUCUUUUGCCAGCCUUUGAUUCAAGAUCUAACAUUCCAUAUUCAGAUGUUAAUCUGCUGACUCAUGGUGCACAUGCACCACGUUGGGGACCUGAUAGCUCAGUUUCAGAGGUCUCUACAAUCCAACUGGAGUUCAGGGAUCUUACUUAUACAACUGGUGACUCAAAGUACAAGGUACUGGAAAUUCUUAUGAGAUUUGUGUAUUUCUGGCAACUUCCAUGUCCUUGAUUGUUUUUUUGAGUUGCUUAUUUGAUGCUUUCAACAGGAAGCUGUAGAUACUGUUAUGAGCCACCUCCACAGCCUUCCCAAAAGAGCUGGUUUAGUACCAAUUUUUGUUAAUGCAGACACUGGACAGUUUCGCUCUAGUUCAACUAUCACCCUCGGUGCUCGAGGUGAUAGUUACUAUGAGUAUCUGUUAAAACAGUGGUUACAGAGUGGAAAAAGUGUGGAUUGGUAAGUCUGCAGACACUGGUCAUUGUUAUGGUGCACAAAGGAGAAAAAAUGCAACAAAAACUAAUGAAGGCAAAAGAAAAGGCAAAGAAACUUUUGACGAGGCCAAGGGUGACAAACACAUCGGGCAGCCCGAGUUACAUGGGUUGCUACACUGAGGGGGGCCUUUGGUGUAAAUGUCCUGUGCCAACCAUAAUAUUGGCUUCAGCACAGGGCUGAAGGGUGUGCAGCAGGUACCAGUUCCACCCCGCCCCCCUCCAGGUUAUGAUAAUUAGGGCUUAAAGGUACACUGUAUCUAACAAGUUACAGUGAGUUCUUUUUUUGAACACUAUUCCAAAAUCGGGAUUCUGUUUAUUGAAUAGCAAUAUACAAAGUAAUGCAGAGUUCCAUGGGACUCACUUACUGUUUAAAUUCUGAAGUAAUGGGAAUAUACUGGUAUCCAAGAAAAUGGAUAUAUGUUAAAUGAUUUCUCCUGCCUUGUAGUUAGUUGUCAAAGCAGCAAAAUACCAAUAAUACAUGUGGCAAGCUAAGUGAACAGUAGAGGCUCUCUGCUUUAAAAGGUUAAUUUACAGCACUGUACUAAAGCAGAGAAAAAACUCUUUAGUAUAAUAUAUUUCCUUACACAAGGAAAUGAGAAACCAACUCUCUGUCAAAUCUUCUAGAAUUUCUUUUACAGAAACAAAAACUCACCAUUCUUGGGUCUGCAGGAAUUUUUAUUGUUGACACCAAAUUCAAAACAUCAAUUCUGAACUUUGUAUGCGACAGUAUUCAAGGUUGUUUGAUAAAGGAUUUUCUGGAAAAAGCCAGAAUGUAUUCUUAUUCCAGGAUAAGGUUCAUCACAUGCACGUUAAAUAAUUGGUUCUUUUAAAAAGGCUAAAUUACUAAGAUUUGCUGCAUUUUAUUAUCUUCCACUGUAAUCUUGUUACAGUUCGCAAUAUAAAAUUCUUUUUUGUAGGCUUAGAGAUGAUUUUGUAGAGGCUAUGGAUGGUGUCAUGUCACUUCUAAAGCGAGAAUCCCAUCCAAACAAGCUUGUGUAUAUUGGUGAACUUCUUCAUGGCCAGACCUUUAGUCCUAAAAUGGUAAAAUGAAUAUUUGCCACCCACUAAAUAAUAAGAUAAAAGAGAAGGUUGAGUAUACAACUAUUUUUUCAUGCUUGGUUUGUGUUUUCUUUUUCUGUAGAUUAUUCUUACAAACUUUAUACGUUUUAAUUUUAAAACUAGACACUCAACUUGGAACUGACUUUUUAAGCAUUGGUUUGUUACAGCAUUAGAAUGCCAUAACAAGCAAAUUAUUAUUAUUCUAGUUUACAUCGUGCUUAUUAUUUGACAUUUGUUAAGUUAGAACAUCCUUUCGCUUCUGUACAGUACUUGUAAGCUGAUUGUAAAAGUAACAUUAAAGUGAAGUUUACAGUAGGUAAAAGUUUAUUUAUUAUUUAUUUUUUAUGAAACUAAAUUAGCUAUGUUCUUUGUACAUUUAGGACCAUUUGGUGUGUUUUUUGCCUGGAACUUUGAUGUUAGCAGUUCACAAUGGUCUGGAUGCGAAAUAUGAGCAGUUUGCAAAAGAUUUAUUGGAGACUUGCGUUCAGAUGUACCAGAAAAUGCCUACAGGACUCAGUGCUGAAUUAGUUUACUUUAAUGAAGGCCCAUCCUCACAUGAUGAUAUCACAAUCAGGGUAAGCGUUGUGAUUCAGUGUGUUGCUAAGUAACAUGAUGAUAUCACAGUCAGGGUAAGUGUUGUGAUUCAGUGUGUUGCUAAGUAACAUGAUGACAUCACAGUCAGGGUAAGUGUUGUGAUUCAGUGUGUUGCUAAGUAACAUGAUGAUAUCACAGUCAGGGUAAGUGUUGUGAUUCAGUGCACGAUGCUGCGAAUUAACGUGGAGUGACUAACGGUGCAAUUAUGGGGAACAGUAAAUAAGUUCUUGUAUAGGUCACAAACUUAUCGUUUCACUGUAUGACAACAAUCAAAGUAAUACGCAUUGAUACCUCUGAGAGGACAUUCAUGUACAACAGCCCUCCUCAAAACAUGCGAAGAUAUAAGAGCAAAUUUAGACUCUAGCGAGCACUCUGCAGCAAUUACCAUAGACCUCUCCAAGGCAUUUGACUCUAUUAACCAUAAUUUGCUUCUUGCAAAGCUGUCAGCGUACGGUGUAACUGAAGACGCCCUACAACUUCUACGUUCUUACUUGACUGGCCGAAAGCAACAUGUCAAGAUAGACGGUAACCUGUCAGAUUGGCAAAUUAUGAAGUGUGGAGUUCCUCAAGGUUCGACCUUGGGCCUCCUUCUCUUCAAUAUAUACAUGAAUGAUGCGAAUUUUUCAGAUAUUUCUUCUAUGCCGAUGACACUACGGGGUACUCUUCAAGCCCUUGUCCAUCCACCUUGCAAAUAAAUCUACAAAACAACCUUGAUCUACUCGUUUCCUGGUUUGUAAGAACUUCCUGGCGAUUAACCAUAGUAAAUCUCAAUCCAUCGUCUUCAAUAGAGCAACUCUACCAACGCCCUUUGUUAUUGACAACAAUGAACUGGUUUACGUUCCACAGAUCAAGCUCCAUGGUGUAAUUAUCGACAAUUCACUCUCUUUUAAAGCACAUAUUAAAGAAAUUUGCCGGAAAGUGAACACAAAAGUUUCAAUUCUUCGUCGCAUUCGUAAAAUUAUACCCUCAGAUAUUAUGAUUAAACUGUACAAAGCAUUUAUUGUGCCUCACUUUGAAUACGCAUCACCAUUGUUCAUAGGUCUAAGUAAAGGUUUGUCCGCAAAACUAGAGUCAACCAACGCAUUUGCUCUUAGGACUCUUCUUAACUACUCUAAAUCGACUGCUUAUGAAGAGCUACUUAAAACUGUACAUAUCAAAAGCUUGGAACAUCGACGCAUAGAACAAGCACUGAUACUCGUAUACAAUAGCAUGUAUAACCAGGCACCGAACUACAUUCGGGAAAUGUUUUUACUGCGAAGCAAUGGUUACAGCCUACGGGGCCAUCUUAGGGUUGUUCUUCCAAGACCGACCUCAUCUUAUAUGCAACAUUCUUUCACCUACCAGGCUGGCAAACAAUGGAACAAUCUACCAGACAAAAUAAGGAUGUCGGAGUCCCUCUCUAUUUUUAGGAAAAACUUACAAAACAUACAGUUGUCUUCAUCGUAUGACUGCAACUGUGUUUUUUGUAAAUAGACAAUCUGAUUACCAAUAUUUUCUCUUUUUAAAUUAUUAUUAUUUUUUAGUUGAUUUAAUUUCUCUAUUUCUUUUUUUUAUUUAUCACUUGUACAUGUACAUUAUGUAAAUUAUCACGUUGUAAUUUUUAUGGCACAUUUGCAUUUAAACGAGCUAUCGCUCACAUGCGAUAUGUGGUUAAAUAAAAUUACUUACGUACUUACUUACUUACUUACUUUCUGCAUGAGGUUUAGCAUGUUGUGGCUCAGCCCAGGUUCGUAAAACUAAACAUUACCAAAUGAAAUGGGGACACCCUGUAUUUAAGAGACAUGUUAUUGAUAAUGACAGAUCUCUGAUGUAUUUGAAUAUUUUUUCAGCCGCUGGAUGCUCACUGCUUGUUGAGGCCUGAGACUGUUGAGUCUUUAUUUAUUGUUUAUCGUCUGACUGGAGACAAGAAAUACCAGGAGUAUGGCUGGAAUAUAUUUCAAGCAAUAGAAAAACACGCCAAAAUCCCUACUGGAGGUUACUCAUCUUUAAACAAUGUCAAAGACACAAGGCUGGGCUUUAGAGACAAAAUGGAAAGUUUCUUUCUCGGCGAGACACUCAAAUAUUUAUUCUUACUAUUUAGUGACGUGGAUAUGGUUCCCCUUGAUAAGUUUGUAUUUAAUACCGAGGCUCAUAUUUUACCAAUUAGAAAAUUUUAGUAAAGCUUUGGGAUAAUAAACAUGUAAUAUUUUGUGAUAUAAUACCAAGUGCUUUAGUUACAGUAUAGAAUUGUGAGAAGUA